CGAGUCUUUUGGGGCCGAGGGGGGUGAAAUGAGAGGAGACGGAGUGAGUGAGUGAGUUUGAUAUCAAAACUGACAUGAUAUCGUUGUAAGAUUGGAUGAUGGUAUUUUCUCGCGACUUCGAUUUUUUGAGUCAUCUCCGAAGAGUUGAGAUAUUUUUUGCUUUUGCAUUUUUUUGUGUCACCUUUUUUUUUGUACUUCGAGGGCGAGCGAUAUGGCGCGGAGCGAUGUAUAUGGGAAGUGCGUGCGGACUCCGCUGGCUGGGAAAAGUGAUCAUUGAGUUAAGGGGGUGGAGUUGGAUAAGGGGAAGAUUUAUGUUGUGAGUACUAUGGUUGGACAUGGGGGGGGGAUGUAUAGCGAGCGAGGUGGAUUCGAUAGAUGAGAUGGAGGGGUAGAGGGGAUGAAUUAGAUGAUGAAUUAGAUGAUGGUGCGCUGGCUUCUUUUUUAUGAGAGACUGGUGUGAUGGUGAUACUUGUGGUGGAGAUGGUGUUGACUUGUGGUGAGAAGACUGUUGCAGCUUAUUUUAAAUGGUGGUUUGGAAGCAUGAGAAGGGGUAUGUCCUUGGGAUUUCUCAAAUACGGCAUCGUCUCCCAGGCCUCGCAGCUUAUAGCAUGGUAUGAGAGGCUUUCUAUCUCUGGCUUGCUUCUUAUGUCUUCGGCUUCCCAAGGUCUUGACUGAAAUAAGAGCGUGGGCGUUCGCUAGUUACAUACUCGCUCACUCUUCUGAAACGAUGAGCGCUAUAGUCAACUCUAAGACCCUAAUUACUUGAGAAGUUUAGUCUCCCUCUUGGAUUCCAAACCGCACGAACGACAUACCAGCGAACGAAAGAAUUAUAGAGGCUCGCUUCUCCUCCCCGUCUUCGAAGGCUGCAGCCUCGCGUGGGUGUUGCGCGCGCGUAGUUUCGACCAGAUACACAACUCGGAACAAACGACGACGGCCUCACAGCCUUGUUUCUCACAACAGUACGACUUCACCUCUGGCGCACAUUCAAAUUCACCAAAAAGGUGGCCAAUAAGCAGCGCGUGGAUUUACUCGACAUUAUUGCACUAAAGUUGACGCGCUUGUGCUUUCUUUAAUCAUCCGAACCGUUUGCUAUCCUGAUUCUCACCUUUAGAAUCUUUACCGUCUUGCCACGACGCGCACUCUUACCAUGGCUGUUAUUGAUGCAGUUACUGGACUUGAGGUCUCUAUUUGGAUCAAUGGGCAACCAGGAAAAGAGUUUGAAGAUGCUAGCGAGGAAGUCGAUGGGCCCUUGGCGUCAAAGACGGUCGUGAAGUACAUUGAAGCAAUAUCCGACACCGAGUUUGGAGUGAAAGUUUCUGUCCUUCCCACCUUUGAGGAGCAUAGACAAACAGAAGAUGAUCUUGUCGUUUUAGCAAAGGUCGACGGAAAAUGGAGUGCAGGCCGUUUUAUGGCAUUUGGGAGAUCAGACACUCGUCCCUGGAACGCGCUGCUAGGAGGGAUCUCUGGAGUGGAUGAAACUGGAAAAGGAACCCUCAGACCUUUCAGAUUUGCUGUCGUCAACAUUGUUGAGGCUUCGGAUAUUGGGCAGACGGAGAUCGACAUGAAGACCGCAGCGAAUUUGGGGGAGGUAAUUGUCAACGUUUUUCGCGUUAAAAUAGGAGAGGACGUUCCCAGCAGAUACACUACGCCCGAAGAUGUUGCGACUUCGAUUUCCGAGAAGGUUAUUAAGGGCCGCGCUCUCUCACACGGUACUGCCUUUGGCCCUGCAAAAGCAGCUCCACCACGAAGAACUUCUGCCUUCGAGUACGUUGACGCAGCGGACAAGCCCUUGGCUCGCUUCAUAUUUCGGUACCGCUCUAAAGAUGCACUCUGCAAACUCUUGAUUAUUGAAAGGUCUCCAUCCAUAGACCUCUUCGAUUCCCUGCCAGCAGCAGAAAGAGAGCGUUUGGCCCGCGAGGCCUUUCAGUGGCAACAGAGCCCAAAACCAGAGACAGGGAUCAAACCAGAGAGGAUGGUCAAAAGAGAGCGCCGCGAUUCAGAUAUUAUGGAUCUGACAGGCGACGCACCGGUUGCAAAGCAAAGGAAGACGACAAUGGAGACUCCUAUUGACCUGACCGACGGCUGAGCGCCUCAUGAUACACCCAGCAGAUUUAUUCGAAGCAUCGCUAUACACAGGAGGACGCGGGAUUUCUUUUGUGCGUCAUUAUAAUACCAAAUCAUUGCAGCGACGGCGUUUUGAGCAACAGGCUGAAUUCUGAAAAGGAUGGCUGAACUGGCUCAAGAAUUGGCAUUCAGAAAAGCGAAUACGUCUCGUCUCCCAGAUUGCAGUUUAGUGCGUUCAUCAGAUAGCAGGAACAAAUGAAGUCAUAUUCUAAUAAAUCCGC